AUGGCCUUUUUUGGAUAUUGCCUGUUCUUUGCUGGGCUGACUCAAGUUCUGUCGAGUUAUCCUAUCUGGUGGUCCCUGGCUAUUGGCCACCAGUAUUCCUCCUUGGGCACGCAGCCCAUCCUCUGUGGCAGCAUCCCUGGUCUGGUGCCCAAGCAACUCAGGUUCUGUCGGAACUAUGUGGAGAUCAUGCCCAGCGUAGCCGAAGGGGUGAAGAUCGGCAUCCAGGAAUGCCAGCACCAGUUCCGCGGCCGGAGGUGGAACUGCACAACUGUCAAUGACAGCUUGGCUAUCUUUGGGCCUGUGCUGGAUAAAGCCACCAGGGAGUCGGCCUUUGUGCACGCCAUCGCUUCGGCUGGCGUGGCUUUUGCAGUGACCCGAUCCUGCGCCGAAGGGUCAGCCACCAUCUGUGGCUGUGACACGCGUCACAAGGGUCCUCCGGGAGAAGGCUGGAAAUGGGGAGGCUGCAGUGAGGACGUGGAGUUCGGGAGCAUGGUAUCCCGGGAGUUUGCCGACGCCCGGGAGAAUCGGCCAGAUGCCCGGUCAGCCAUGAAUCGGCACAACAAUGAAGCUGGAAGGACCUCUAUAAUUGACCAUAUGCACCUCAAAUGCAAGUGUCAUGGAUUGUCAGGCAGCUGCGAGGUGAAGACCUGUUGGUGGUCCCAGCCCGACUUCCGAGUCAUUGGCGACUACCUCAAGGAUAAAUACGACAGUGCUUCUGAAAUGGUGGUGGAAAAGCACCGAGAGUCCCGUGGCUGGGUAGAGACACUCCGGCCCAAAUACAACUUCUUCAAAGCGCCGACCGAGAGAGACCUGGUCUACUAUGAGAACUCACCCAACUUUUGCGAGCCGAACCCUGAAACCGGCUCCUUUGGCACCCGUGACAGAAUCUGCAACGUCACCUCCCACGGGAUAGACGGUUGCGACCUCUUGUGCUGCGGGCGUGGCCACAACACGCGGACUGAGAAGAGAAAAGAAAAGUGCCAUUGCAUCUUCCAUUGGUGCUGCUACGUCAGCUGCCAAGAGUGCAUACGGGUCUACGACGUCCAUACGUGUAAAUAAAGCAGGAUGCCCUUGGUCACAGAAAACGAACUGGAGACAACUUUUUCUGUGGGGAAAGUCGACUUCUUGAGAUUGAUUGAGUGAAAGCAAGAACACACACAUGCAAAGAGGCUAAAACCAGUCGACUAGAGUAGGUCUAAUUUCUUCUCAACGAUCACCCCUGGAGGUUAACCUCACAACUCCUGGCACACCAAGAAAUGAACAAACCAACAGCUUGACCUUCCUCUCCACAGGAAACUGUGGUGUAACUAGUCAACAACAUAGAGCUGGCCAGCAGUUUCCAGAACAUUCCGGAGUCUCCUCUUUCCUCUCUGAGUUCUCACAGCAAGACCCGUGCUAAUAAGUGUCCUUUGAAGGUUGUGUGUCUUCCUGAAACAUGGCCUGUUUGUGCAUUAUGAGCAUGGAAGAAGCUUCUAGCACAACAGCCCUUCGUUUUCCAGUCCGGCCUGUCGCACUGUAUCUCAACCGCUUAAGUUUCUGUAUAUAGAAUUAACAAGAAGUGGUUUGUUGUUGUUUUUCCCCCUCAGCUUUUCACAGGCACUGGAGAAACGCGCUAAUGACUCAUUGCUCUGUGGAGUGGCCAAACUGCUUUACCUGAACUGGGUGGUGUAGCACCUUGUAACAUAUUUGUAGGAAGUGAUGCUCCAAACAAGACUUCUGCCAUGGAAGAGGGAGACUGGAAGAGAGGUGGUAUGGUGGUGUGUGUGUGUGUGUGUGUGUGUGUGC